AUGACAUCCCAUCAGCGCAGGCAUGGUCGGAGGCACGGUUUGGGGCAGCUGCAUUUUUCAGACGGGACCUGCUAUAAGGGACAGUUUGAAAACGGCCUGUUCAACGGCUGUGGGGUCCUGGCGUUUCCCGACGGAUCGAAGUAUGAGGGUGAGUUCGUGCAGGGGAAGUUCCAGGGCACUGGGGUCUUCAGCCGAUACGACGGUGUGACAUUCGAAGGGGAGUUCAGUGGUGGAUGUGUGGAAGGAUACGGGCUGCUGACGUUCCCUGACGGGGCAGCGGGGUCGGAGCGGAACGAGGGCCUGUUUGAGAACAGCCGGCUGAUGAAGAGGGAGAGCUGCCAGGAGGUGGUGAAGCGGGCGCAGGCCUCGGCUGCUACAGCCCGCGGGCUCGCCGUAUGA